GCCUUGGGUUCUUCUUUCGCAUUCUGCAUGUCUGCCUAGUACUCAUACUAUCGAUCUGCCUUAUGCCGCAUGCGCAUAUGUACCGCCGACCACUGUUGGCUACAUUUUCUCAAGUUCUUACUUCUUAGUCUCGCCAUCGUUUCGCGACUCAUAACUCAUCGCGAGUCCUCCACAUCUGAAUUCCAAGACCACUGCAGGCAAGAAUGAGCGGAAAUAUGGUGGUUGAAUGUGUGGAUGCGGUUAACAAUCCGAUGUCAGGGCUCGAGAGAGUUGAGACGAAAGCGGCAGACGUAUCGACCAUUGUUGAGCUUGGACAAACUUCUCCCUGUGUUAAUAACGCAUCCACUGUCGGCGUGGAACACGUUGAAGGUGACUUGGUACGAUUUGAUAUUCCUGAGGAUGUGAAGGCACAGGAGACGAAGGUUGAAACCGCCGUCGCCGACACCGAAGCGCACCAGGAUGGCAUCACAAAGCCGCACUUUGAAAAGCGCCCCAAUCAAACCUCCGAGAAGGAAGAUGAAGACCUGCACAAUGAAUCGGAAGUAAAUAGGAAAUCCAAAGCAAGGAUGCUUGUCUCUUCUCCAAGAAUGGUCAAUUUUGAGGGCUUCAAGAAUCGCUUCUCCGAAGACGAGGGUAUCCACGUACUGGAUGUGCUCUAUGCGGACAGCAACCUCAUGGGUGAAGUUCGGCGGGAGCGAGAAAUCCGCCGGAUUUGCCAGAAUGACCCGGUCUUCAAGCGAGGAACACGGGCUGCAAGAACCCAGGUCUCAGCAGUUCCAAAGGCCUCCAUCCAGCCCAAGGAAGGCUCUUGGAUUCAGCUGGUGCGCAUCCGGUCGCAGCCCGUGCUAACGCAUCUUGCCAAUGUUAUGGGUGAGGCAUGGGGAAAGUCCUCACCGAUAGUGUUCAAAAGACCUUUCAAAGUGUUGAUCUACUUCCAUGACAAGAUGAAGGAGCGUCUGGCCGGGUUGGAAUCCGAAUGGGGGAACCAGGAGCGCCGUAGGAGCGCUGGGAAUGAGAUUGAUUCUAGCAAGAGCCUUGAACACGAGGCAACCGAGAACGGAAAUGAUGCUCAGGGUAGCGAUGAUGAGAACGACGACGACGACCACCCUGAGGACGAGGACGAGGACACGGACGAGGAGUUCAUAUCUAGCAGCGUCACGGCGCUCAGAGACAUGCAAUGUUACGUCAACUUCGUCAAUGACCAUAUCCUACCCUUAUCCAAUAUGUUUGCCGGCACAACGCGGCGAAUGGUUCGCUUUGACGAUCUCUGGUUGCUGUUCAAACCAGGGGAGCUGGUCUGGGCGUCGGAGGCUGCUGUAUCCGGUAAACCUGGGACGAGAGCUACCCGCAUGUACCAACGUCUGUGGAGGGUCUACACGCUCAGGACGCCCGGAACGCCUACUGAGUAUUCAAAACUAGGGCCCACGUCUAAUGAGUCACAACCCAACAAUCUUCGCUUCUCGAAUGACAAUGAGGAGGUCGAAAAUGACGAAGAGCCUGUGUCUGCGGAUACGUACAAGGGCGCUUCCAGGGUAUGGGCGUACUACAUUGACCACGACGGCGUCUCAUACGGGCCUGUUAAGCAUCAGUUUAUGAUCCGCCCUUAUCGUGGUGAGCGGGAAAUCACCAGCUUACCGUGCUAUCCGAUCCGAUAUGUCGACGAUUGGGAGAGCCACCUGGACCAACUCAAAGAGCAGGGUCACAAGUUUGAGCAAUGUAUCAAAGUUGAUAAGUACCUGACUUAUGUUGGCUGGACCCUCGUUUCAGACCCGAAAGGGAAUUCAAUGAGAGACACGUACGACAGAGACAGCGACAGCGACAGCGACAGCUCCAGAAAGCAGAAAGAGCUCAGUCCAGAGUAUAUAGACAGCCACGUCAUCGUUGAUCUUUCUGAAGCUUUCCACGACGUGCCAAGGUGGACGCCUAAUUUCCAUUCCACGCGAGCCUACUCAGAGGGGCUUGUUGAUUCGGAGCGGUUAAUUCAGGAGGACCAAUUCCCCAUUAUCACCUGGUCUGAUGAGAAGAGAUCAAAAAUCAUCGCCAGCUCGUGCGACGAGGCCGUGGUGAUAGGGGACCUCGGUGUCACCAUGCGGCAGCGGCAAGACUGGCUUGAAAGGGACCAGUUUGGACGCUUCCUGAAAGGCAGUGGGCAGCUAGGGCUGGCCACUAGCAUAGACAAGCAAGCGGCCACAGAUAUUGUACUCCAAGACGAGGACUAUGCCCUCCUCCCGCGACGCCUGUUUGCCUACGUGCUCAAGGAGCGCAAGUUUGUGCGCGUCGACCUGCAGCAUCUGAAUCCCAUCAAGACGCAGGAUAGAAUCUUUGAUAAUCUCAAGAUUGACAAAGAAUACAAGGAUAUGGUGAGAGGGCUGGUCUCAUCGCAUUUCGAAAAGAAAAAAUUUGAACGGCAAUAUUCAGUCGCUACCAGCAGAGUCACCGCAAGCCAGGAUAUCAUUCAGGGAAAGGGGAAUGGCCUGGUGAUUCUCCUCCACGGCGUGCCCGGCGUCGGCAAGACAGCCACUGCAGAGGCAGUAGCUCUCGAAUACCGCAAGCCACUCUUCGCAAUCACAUGCGGUGACCUGGGCCUUACACCGAAGGAGGUAGAAGAAAGUCUGACUGAGAUAUUUCGGCUGGCGCACAUGUGGGACUGCGUUCUAUUGUUUGAUGAGGCGGACGUCUUCCUCGCGCAGCGAUCGCGUUACGACCUCAAAAGAAACGCUUUGGUGUCUGUCUUCCUUCGCAUCCUCGAGUACUACAGUGGAGUUCUAUUCCUCACGACCAACCGUGUCGGUUCCCUCGAUGAGGCCUUCAAGUCAAGAAUUCACCUGAGUCUGUACUACCCGCCGCUGAAUUCAAAGCAAUUCAAGCGCAUCUUCGAGAUGAACAUUAGCAAGCUCAGGGAGAUCGAACUUGAACGGAGCGUAAUCGCCGGGGACCCAAUGCUCGAUAUUCGUGACGCUGCCAUUAAGAAAUUUGCCGAAGAACAUUGCGACAGAACGGAGCAGGUUGGUGGCAAUGGACGAUGGAACGGCCGGCAGAUACGCAACGCUUUCCAGAUCGCCGCGUCGUUGGCACGCUAUAAUGCGCUCCUCAAUGUUGAUAAGACAGGACUGGGGCAGCCGGUAUUGGAUAAAGAGCACUUCGAGAAAGUGGAGCGUGCGACCAGAACCUUCAAUGACUAUAUGGAGAAAACAAGGGGCUUCAGCGACGCCGACCUCGCUUUCAUCAACGCAGAGCGCCUUGACGUGUACCGACAGAAGAAGCCCAUUGACCCGACAGCGGGACUCGCGGAGGCAGGUCCUUCCGGGUACAGCUCGAGCCAACAGCAGCAACAUCUGUACGGGCCUCCUGAGACAGGACAGCAGCACUAUUACGCUCACCAAAAUCCGGCCACUGGUGUCCAAUUUCCAGCGCUACAGCCAGGGCCAAUCACUUACGGUCCGAGCCAGGCUGGUGAGGCCCAUGGAGAAGUUGGAAGUGCAUAUGGGGCGCCAGCGCUUCACCACCAUCCAAACCUCCGCAGCGGCAAAGCUGAUAGCAUCCAGCAAGCUUACAACUACCCCCAAGGAAGCGCUAGUCAAGCGGGCCGGAUGGCGGAUCCAUUCUUCACGAAUAUCAACAACCCACCUUCGUCGGGACCCCCUCAUGGAUAUCACUAUCGUGAUAUGCCGUAUGGGGGAGGAGGUGCGGCGUCGCAGCCGCCAGCGUACGGGGGAUACGCGCAGAAGCCAGGACAGCAGAGGUCGGUUCAGGAUGAUGAUGACUCUGAUUGAGCUCCGGGUCCUUCUCUUGCUUUCUUGUGCUUCAUUUUUUUUUCUGGUUGUACUCCAUCAGUUUUCCCUUUCCCUUUUCAUUUUUCUUCGUUUUUAUUUUUUGUGUUGUUGAUUUUGAGUAGUACUAGUAAUAGUACUCAGAGCACAGAGAGUGCCCCUCUUCUCCACGCCUGCCAUCUGUUUGCCCACGUCUUCGGCUGUGUUAGAUUCGUAGCUAAGUACAUAAUGGUGACACAAGCUGGACAUGGUGGCCGUUAC